AUGCCCGUCGCCAUCCAAGACCAACCCCCCACCCCGCCAACAGCGAAACCAGCCUCCACGCACCCACCAACCCACCCCGGCCUAAUCCACGUCCACCGCAGCGACCAAGCCUUCGGGUCCUUCGCAAUCAGCUCCGUCUCCCUGCCCGCAGGCACGCUCUUCACAAAAAUCACCGGCGCCACACCCUCAGAAAAAGCCUACACAAGUGUCCAAGUCUCAGCGGACUCGCACAUCGAGCUGAACUCCGACCUGGUCUACUGCAACCACUCGUGCGACCCGAGCGUGGUCUUCGACAUGGAGAAGAUGGAGGUGCGUGUUGUGGACGAGCGCCCGCUGAGCAAGGGCGACCCGCUCACGUUCUUCUAUCCGAGUUCCGAGUGGGAGAUGGAUCAGGCGUUUGACUGUACUUGUGGCUCGGGGAAGUGCAAGGGGGUUAUUCGGGGGGCGAAGGGGAUGGGGUGGGAGGGGUUGAAGGGGUAUUGGGUGAAUGGGUUUAUUGGGGAGUUGGUGAGGGAGGAGGAGAGAGAAAAGAAUGGGCAGUAG